AUAAAAAUGCAACUUUUCACUCUUGCGCUUCUUGUCGCAGGCGUCGCCGCGCGCUCGUCGUACGUCGCACGUCUCCCCAACGGCGCCAACGUCCCCAGCGUGAGUGCCCUGGGGCACACCAGCGCGAACGGCGGCGGUAGCCGCAACACGUUCGGGAGCGAUUUUAGCGCCAACGGCGGGGGCUGGACCAAGACGUUGUGCCAACUCGACUCGGACGGCGACGGCGCGACGAACGGCGAAGAGCUCCUGGAUCCGUGCUGCACGUGGACCCAAGGCGGUAGCCUCACAUCGACCUACACCCCGACGCACCCGGGUGUGAAAAACGCCUUUUCAAGCGAAGAGCUGGCAGCGCUCAAGUGCGGCAGCAACACAACCAAGCCGCCGUCGUCCGCGACACCCAAACCCAGCUCGGCGUCGACAAUGAUGCCGUGCAUCGGCCUCGUCUUGAGCUCAGUCGCCGCGUUAUCGCUGGGAUAGAUAGUAUACUAUCAAGUCGAUACAUCCAUAGAUUGCACUUAAGAUUAUUCCGACUUUGCACUUGCCA